ACACAUAUUUUCACUGCGUGCUUCAACAUGCAUUUGGACGUAAAAAAAAAAGCUGUUCAAUUCUUUCGUGUGUUUGAACGCACUUUAACUUCAGAAAGAGAAAGGUUGAAGGAAAAAGAGUCCCCCUUGCCACCUACGUCACGUCCUGUGAAACCUGUCCAACGAGAACACUCGGGGGAACCGUGGUAGUGUCCACCUUGUGCAGGGUUUUAAAACCAUUGCACUCUCAAGGGAAGACGGGACGCUCCAGAGCUUCAGUAAGGCUCUAAAGGAGGUGUCGUGAGGGAGUCGACUCAUAUUAUUGUGUCCCGCCGAGGGCUGUUCCUGACCUUCUUUUACCAAUCGAGGCCGUGCAAGGCACGCAGUGACGCCAGGAUAGGUAUUUGCACUGCGUUCACAUUCCUCAUAACUCGUCUUACAAUUUUGCACGGAACCAUUAAGACCUUAACAUUGCAAGUCUUGCACUGGCUCAGCUCUCGUUGCGCUUACAGAUUGGACAAGAUUCUGACACUUGUAUAAUACAGCUCCACUGAGAAUGAAAAGCUUAGAUGCAAAUAACAACGAAAGGAUUUUAAAACACGGUUACCUGCUGAAGCAAAGCGACCUUCUAAAGCAAUGGAAUCUUCGGUAUUUUGUCCUUAGUAAAGAAUGUCUCUGCUACUACAAAACCGAAAAGCAAUCGGUAGAAGACGUACCUAAAGAGGUGAUAUUUUUCAACGACAUGUCUCUUUAUAUAGACGAGCUGCCUGAAAAGCAGACAAAGUACUGCUUAAAGCUUGUAAAGCGAUCAGUUUCGGCCGGCAAAAUCGCAACCCGGACAUUUCAUCUGUGUUGCUUCUCAGAGCACGAAAGAAACGAAUGGCUUUCGCAGAUUCUCCACGCGAAAGCAAUCGCGCUGGUGGUCGAUCCGACAGCGUGGAUGGGAAAUCAGGAAGCUUCCACGCAAGACAUGGAUAUUGAGCUUGCUAAUUCAGCUGGCAGUGUCAAGCUCGCCCCUGCUAAAGUGAUUUUUCAGAAGUGUCGGCGUAAGCUUUCUCUCAGUGCAAAUACGAGGGAUUCUCGAAACUGUUUGUUCCUGGAUGACUGUAACUUAAACAGAAGAAGGAAAUCCACGCCGCGUCUAAGUCAAGAAUGGAGAAACACUUUAAUGGUGAUUUAACUCCUGUGCGCCCCUAAAAAUCGAGAAGGGGGACAGACAAUUUUGAAAAGAAUAGUAAUCUGCAAUUAGAAAUUGGAAAUGGAAGGAUUUAGAAAAAUACCUGAUCGCUAGCAGCAGAGGAAACAAGCAAAUACUGUACAGUUUUUGCGCUACAUUUUGUGGCAGUCUGGAUGGUUGAUCGUUCAGUAAACUUCCACGUAAGCAUUUA